AUGUUAGAUUUUAAUUUGUUGCUGUUGAAUUUGACUCCAUUGUUCAGAACAACUGAGUCAGCGAGAGUGGGACAAGAUGCAGAUGAAGAUCAUAGAGCACAUCAUAAAAAAAUUGCAGAGGAAGUCAAUGUCGUCGGCCAACCUGACGACUUGCUGCUUUCCGGCGGUGAUCCGCAGCAAGCUGUAAUGAAUGGUGGUCAAAACGGCGAAAUGGGAAUCUCGUUAGACGGAAUAGUGUCAUUUUCCGAGGAGGACACUCUGCCUCCAAAGGCUCAGGGUAAACCAGAAGCUCAUAUGAUUGCAUCAAUUGAGGAAAAUAACCAUCCGAAGAUCCAUGCUGAUGAGGAGAGCCAAUUGUCAAGUGUUAAUUCAACUUCUGAUUCAUCUACGAUGACUAAUUCGGUUGGUCUACAAAGUACACCAUUCUGA